AUGAUCACUUUUUCUACCUUAGGGUAUAUUGAAGGAGAACAAUCCUCUAAUAAGCAGUCUAAUUCUUCCCCUUUAAGUUGUCAGUGCAGUUUUUCUACAACGUUUUCAUCUGAUGCCCCUUUGGUUAAGGAGAUUUUGUCAAAGAAUUGGAAUUUAUUAAGGGGUGAAAAAGAACUUAAUACUUCGGGUGAAAAAACGGAAAUCCCUCGCAGUACCCUGGAUUCAUUCAUGCAACCAUUCCAGAGCACCCUCUGGCUGUUGGUGGGCCUUUCGGUUCAUGUUGUGGCAGUGAUGCUAUAUCUUUUAGAUCGUUUCAGUCCGUUUGGCCGGUUUAAAGUAAACAGUGAAGAAGAAGAGGAAGAUGCCUUGACACUUUCAUCAGCCAUGUGGUUCUCCUGGGGUGUCCUGCUGAACUCUGGGAUUGGAGAAGGGGCACCACGCAGUUUCUCUGCUCGGAUUCUUGGAAUGGUGUGGGCUGGUUUUGCAAUGAUUAUUGUGGCCUCAUACACUGCCAACUUGGCUGCUUUCCUGGUGUUGGACAGGCCAGAAGAAAGAAUAACAGGAAUAAAUGACCCUCGGCUCCGGAACCCUUCUGAUAAAUUUAUUUAUGCGACUGUGAAGCAAAGUUCAGUGGACAUUUACUUCAGACGGCAGGUAGAACUGAGCACAAUGUACAGGCACAUGGAAAAACACAAUUACGAAACUGCAGCAGAAGCGAUUCAGGCAGUUAGAGACGGUAAACUCCAUGCAUUUAUCUGGGAUUCAGCUGUGUUGGAAUUUGAAGCUUCCCAAAAGUGUGAUCUGGUCACUACUGGAGAGCUAUUUUUCCGCUCUGGAUUUGGGAUUGGAAUGCGGAAAGACAGCCCAUGGAAGCAGAAUGUUUCUUUGGCCAUUCUCAGGUACAUUUUUGCCACAGUUGUCAAACUUUAUAGAGCAAUAUCUUCAAAGAGAAAACUGAGGAAAAUUAUCAUGUAA